UAAACUAGUAGAAGUUCAAAAAUACGAAAGGUUAGAAUUCCACAGGUUCACUGAAAGAAACGUCGUUUAUAUGCGGGCUUUCAAUCCUUUAUUGUAAUUUUUUUGUUUUCCUUCGCAAAAUGCCACCUAUAUCACAAUUACAUAAAUGGGCUCUAGGACUGGGAGCAGUAAGCGGUGCAAUAUUAUAUUACUGCAAUACAUACAGCAAUUUCGACUCCCUACGAGUGCACAAUUCGUGGACAACGAAUUACACACCCUCGGUGAAAUGGGAUCACAAUUGGGACAGAAGGGAUCCAAAAAGCUUGGUGAAACCAAUGCAAAUAAAGGAUGAAUGCGAUGAGAACAAAUACAAUGAAAAAUUUGAGGCCAACAAAGCCAAGGCUGCUCGACACAUAAUCUUGAUUCGUCAUGGACAAUAUCAUACAAGUGGAAAGACGGAUCUUGAGAGAAUGCUAACUGAGCUCGGUAGAAAACAAGCUGAUGCAACAGGAAAAAGGCUAGCAAAGUUACAACUGCCUUACUCUUUGAUAGUAAAAUCUACAAUGACACGUGCUUUAGAAACUUCCAAAAUCAUAGAACAAAGUCUUAUUGAUGUGCCAGUUGAAAGUGAUUGUUUAUUAGUCGAAGGUGCACCUAUACCUCCGGAACCGCCUAUAGGUCAAUGGAAGUCUGAGAAACAUGAUGGGCCUAGAAUAGAAGCAGCGUUUAGAAAAUAUUUUUAUCGUGCAGAUCCUAGUCAGGAACGAGAUACUUACACUAUUCUUGUAUGCCAUGCAAAUGUCAUCAGAUAUUUUGUUUGCAGAGCUUUACAGUUUCCACCAGAAGCAUGGCUACGAAUAUCUUUAAAGCAUGGAAGCAUCACCUGGCUCUGCAUUCUUCCUAAUGGCAGAGUUACGCUUAUUUGUCUGGGAGACACAGGACAUAUGCUACCUCAAGAGAUAACCUCUAGUUAAAAAUGCGUUUGUAUGAAGAUGCAGACAAAUAAUAUACCGUAAGUUAUUGAAUAUGUACAUUAAGACUGCAUACAAAAUGUAUAAACAGAUAACAAAUUUUUUUUCAUCUCUUGAUGAGAGAUAACUUUUGCAUUUCAUAAAUUAGUGUAAUAGAAUCAUGUACAAUUGUAUAAAUCUAAUUGCCGAGAGUUAUCUCAAUUGUAUAAAGUAUUCUUACAGUAUACAUAUAAAGUAUUAUUACAAUAACCAUUUAUUAUGUGAAAUAAGAUGAAAAUGACACUUUAAUGACAAAAUUAUAA